AUGAAACACACAAACCACAGCCAUCAGAACUCAGCCUCCUUCCUGCUCAUGGGAAUUCCUGGCCUGGAGUCAUCCCACUUUUGGAUUGCAUUUCCCUUCUGUGCCAUGUAUGCUCUGGCAGUACUUGGAAACACGGCAGUGCUGCUGGUGGUACGCUCAGAGCCUGCACUGCACCAGCCCAUGUACCUGUUCCUAUGCAUGCUGUCCACCACUGACCUGGUGCUCUGCACCUCCACCAUGCCCAAGCUCCUAGCACUCUUUUGGGCAAAUGCUGCCGAGAUCACCUCUGGGGCUUGUGCUGCCCAGAUGUUCUUUAUCCAUGGCUUCUCAGCUGUAGAAUCUGGCAUCCUGCUAGCAAUGUCCUUUGACCGCUACUUGGCCAUCUGCUGGCCUUUGCACUAUGGGUCAUUAUUGCCCCCAGAGACUGUGACCAAGCUGGGGGCCACCGCUGUGUUUCGUGGCCUGGGGCUCAUGACCCCACUCACCUGCUUACUGGCACAGUUGAGCUACUGUAGCCGAGUGGUAGCCCACUCCUACUGUGAGCAUAUGGCAGUGGUAAAGCUGGCUUGUGGGGACACAAAGCCAAACAAUAUCUAUGGCAUCACAGCUGCCACACUAGUGGUGGGCACUGACUCCAUCUGCAUCGCUGUCUCCUACACACUCAUCCUGCGGGCUGUGUUAGGCCUCUCCUCCAAGGAGGCAAGGGCCAAGACCUUUGGCACUUGUGGUUCCCACCUGGGUGUCAUCCUACUCUUCUACACACCAGGACUAUUCUCAUUCUACACACAACGUUUUGGCCAGCAUGUGCCCCGGCAUAUCCACAUCCUCCUGGCUGACCUCUACCUCGUCGUGCCACCCAUGCUUAACCCCAUCAUCUAUGGCAUGAAGACCAAGCAGAUCCGGGAGGGAACCAUCCGACUGCUGAAAUGGGCCCCUGCUCAGUCAUAAAGUCUUCAACCCAGCCCUGGGGCUCUACUCUCUCCUUCCCUCAGCCUUGGACAAUGUUUGAGAGACCUGUGGUUCCCAGCAUGACUAGAAGACAGAAACCCACCUUCAGUGGAGACAUAGCACAAGUCAGAUGGGGGAAAAACCCACCAAGUGAUUCCUACUUGUGAGGUAGAUAUGGGUGUAACACUCAAGGAACCUCUGUCUAAGGGAUAGUAUGGCCACCAGCCUGAUGGUAGCCCCCCAGAGAAUCCUACCCUGCAGUUCUGAUGUGUCUCCCACCUUCCAGGAGACUUUAGUAAAAUGAGAAAAAUAUAGCUACUGGUCUGACAAAAUAACCUCUCAUCCAUAGGCAGGUAUUCCCACUCUUAUAGGGAUACAUGGAUACCUUCCUCAGUGAGCACAGAGUCUGACUAGGAUUCACACACAAAAUAAGACAGACAGAGACAGAACACUAAGUUAUGGGCCAUAGAGACAACAAGAAAUGAAGAAGAAUCAUGGCAAACUGUGCAAAGGAAUAAGAAACAAAGUGUAGUGUCACUCUGGGAAGGUUCUCUGGAAGAUGAAUUUUGAUGUAUUCACUGAGCAUGUACUGUGGGUCAGAUAUUUUGCUAAAAUCUAGGUGUAUGGAUUUGAUGAGGCCAAAAGUCCUCCUCUCAAGUUGACCACUCACUGUUAGAGAAAACAAACAUGUAAGGACACAGUGGCCAAACAGAAUUAAAUUACUAUGAUUGGGGAAAGCACAGGAACUGUGGAUAUAAAGACACCUAACUUGUUCAGGAGAAAUGAGAUCCCAGGGCCCACCUUGCCCUGUCCCCCAUUUGUAAAGGUAUGAAAAGCCCCCUUCUCCGAGAUUACCUAACGUGAAGUCAUCGAAGUGAUUCUCCCUUCACUUCAGGGCUCAGUGCACAUAAGAUUAAUAGACUCAAUUUUCUCAGGUCGCCAGACUAUCCAAGGCCACAGAUCGGCAAAUAAAGUCUACCCCGCAAGAUAAUUAACCCAAACUAUAGAAGAAGUCAGGAAAACUGGCUCCAUCCUAUUUGAGACUAUAUUUGCUAUGGCUUUAAUUUUUUCCUAAACCACUUUUUUUAGUGAGGUAUAUGAAAUAAAAUGCACAUAUAUUAAGUAUCUAUUAAGUGUACGAGGGGCCCUGGUACAGCAGUGCUGACCAAAAGGUUCAAACCCACCAGGAGCUAGGAAAGUCCUAGCCAUCUGCUGCUAUAAAGAUUACGUCCUAGGAAACCCUAUGGGACAGUUAUACUCGUCCUAUAGGGUCUCUAUAAGUUGUCAUUGAUGUAACGGCACACAACAACAACAUUAAGUGUACAGACUGAUCACCUCUGGCACAUGUAUACAGCAGUAUAACCACCACCUCAGUCAAGAUGCAGAAUAUCUUCACAGCCUCAGAAACUUCCCUGUGCCCCUUUCCAUGCGAUACUUCUGCUCCCCCGCUGUUUGAUUUCGAUCACCUUGGAUUCAAUUUGCUGUUCUAGAAGUUCAUAUAAUGAAAUGAUACGGAAUGUAUUCUCCGGUGUCCAGCUUCUGUGGCCCAACAUAAUGUUUUUGAGAUUCAUUCACGUUGUGUGUAUCAGUAAAAUUUCCAAAACAAAAAAAAAAUGCGUUUCCUUUUUAUCUCUCUCUGAGUAGUAUUCCAUUAGAUUGUAGGAAUAUACCAAAGUUUGUUAAACCACUUACCUUUUGGACAUCUUGGCUGUUUCCCACUUUUGUCUACUCAGAAUAAAGCUGCUAUGAAUAUUUUUUUAACCUAGAAGUAGAAUUACUGGAUCACAGGAUAGAUGUAUGCUUGACUUUAAUGGACUCUGCCAGAUGGUUUUCCAAAGUACCAUUCUGUACUCUCACCAGUGAUGGAUGACUACUCCCAGGUUGUCCAAUAUCUUGGCCAACCCUUGAUGUUGGCGUUAUUUUUUCAUUUUAAUCAUUCUAGUAAGCAUAAAGUUAUUCAUUGUGCUUUUAAUUUGCAUUUUUCUGAUGGUUAAUGACAUUGAGCAACUUCUCAUAUGUUUACUGACUCUGCAUAUAGCUGCUUCUGUGUAACGUUUGUUCAAUUCUUCUGCUCAUUUUUAUUGUUUUCUGUUUUUUAAUGACUUGUAGUAGCUGUUUAUAUAUUCUGAAUACCACUUAUUUGCUAGAUAUAUGUAGUGAAAAUAUUCUAUCUGAUUUUUAGCUUGCAUUUUGAUUUUCUUCCUAGUAUUGUUUGAUAAAAAGAAAUUUUUAGUUUUAAGUCCAAAUUAUCGAUUUUGUUUAUAAUUAGUACUUUAUUUUAUAAAAACAGCUUAUAAUUUCAAGCCUAUGACCCAACACAAAUGAUAAUUUUGUAUGGCAUGAGCAGAGAUCAAGGUUCCUUCUCAUAUAGGUGUGCAGUUGUUCAAGUAUUGUUUUGUUUAAAAGCCUUUCUUUUCUGAAUUAAAUUGCUUUGACAACGUUGUCAAAAAUCAUCAACUCUCUAUGUGUGGAUGUACUCCUGAAUUCUGUUUCAUUUCAUUAA